AUGACAUCUAGCCAUUGUGAUAAGUCCGACAAUGUGCCGGCGACCGACCUGGUCACCCAAGGCUCUCAAUCGGAGAAGUUACAGCAAGAGGAGGAGGUUCCCGUAGUCCUCACGAACGACAAAGGGAAAGGAGAGGAAUUCUCAAGUCUAAAAGAUAAAUUUACAGACCGCAAAUUGCGAGACCUUUCAGACUCCGAGGUGCAUCAGUUUCCGGGUAUCAAGAGAGAUCACUGGUGGCAACUAUGGCGACCUCUCCACGCUCCUUCUCCGCCCAAACUAUCGCUUGAUGACGCAGAAGUGAUACCACUGUCGUAUGCCUCCAUUUUCAGCAAAUUGACUUUUCAGUGGGUUACUCCCAUAAUGAUCAAAGGCUACCAACGUCCUCUGCAGGCCACAGAUCUUUGGAAGAUGGAUCCCAGUCGAGAAGCCCUAGACAAACGGCAACAAGACGCACGCAAAUGGAAUGAGGCUUUACCCACCGCUCAUCCCACCACUCGCCAGAAAGUAAGCUGGCGAACCAGAGCUUUAUUUCAUUACUCACUCCCGAAUGACUUGUCUUCCUUCGGAGAAGCGGAUUCGUAUGCCCACCGUUUGCAUGCUUUGGAGGUGGAAUGGAGGAAUCGCAGUGGGAAGAAAAGAGGAAGCGUGUCUUGGGCUUUAAACGAUGUAAUGACUGGUUUCUGGGCCGGAGGAGCGUACAAAGUGGCAGGCGAUGUAUCUCAAUUGAUGGUCCCCCUUCUCAUCAAAGCUCUGAUAAAUUUCAGCAAAGAAGACUCGCCGGAGCCAAACAUUGGCCGUGGUGUUGGGAUGGCAGUCGGUCUAUUUCUCCUGACAGUCAUGCAAUCUGUCUGUCAGCAUCAGUUCUUCUUUCGCUCGAUGGCGAUUGGAGUUCUGGCAAGAGCGACCCUUAUAUCAGCUAUCUACAAAAAGGCGAUGUGUCUCAGUGUCGGUGGUAGAGCGCAGCACCCAAACGGCAAGCUUCUCACGUACCUCUCAAGUGAUAUAUCUCGUGUAGAUUACUGUGCACAAUGGUUCCACGCUGUAAGUUCAGAUGAGUACUACAAGACCACCAAGUUAAAAGCGAAAACUUCUCCUUUGCAGGUGUGGACUGCACCUAUCCAGCUUACGAUAACUCUCAGUGAGGCCCGUUCUUUCUUCAAAUCCGUCCACAGGCUAUUGACCUACUCCCAGAUUGGACCAUCGGCUUUAGUAGGAUUUUCACUCUUUGUGAUACUCGCACCGCUACAGACGUGGUUCAUGAAGCUUAGUUUCAAAGUCAGGAAAAAGUCCAUGAAAUGGACUGAUUCCAGAUCUCGUCUUCUGCGAGAGCUCUUAGCCUCCAUGGAGAUAAUCAAAGUCUUCACCUAUGAGAUCCCCUUUCUCAAGCCAUUCAGUGUACCUGCUCUGGCUUCGGUUCUCGCGUUUGUGACUUACGCAUCGACACAUGAUGGUCUGGAUCCGGCACUGAUCUUCACAUCUUUGGCAUUCUUUAAUCUACUGCGUCAGCCAUUGAUGUUUUUACCACGAGCCCUGUCAUCUUUAACAGACGCUCAAAACGCAAUCGAACGUUUGACAGAUGUCGCUGUACGUGUGGAUAACGCAACUUUCAGCUGGUCCCAGGGAACGAGUCCUUCAGGCAAAGGUGGACCGGAUGAUGCCUCAUUCAAGAUACAAAACCUUGAAAUGGUGAUACCGCGAGGCAAGAUCAUCGGUGUUGUAGGACCUGUAGGUUCGGGAAAAAGUUCGCUGCUUCAAGGACUCAUUGGCGAGAUGUCCAUCCUCAGCGGAUCGAUAACUUUCGGCGGCCGAUUGUCGUAUUGUCAGCAGAACGCUUGGAUUCAGAAUGCCACUCUCAGGGACAAUAUCUUGUUUGGACAACCCUGGGAGGAAGAUCGCUACUGGAGAGCCGUUCAAGACGCCAAUCUUAUUCCCGAUUUGGAAAUCCUCGCAGAUGGCGAUCUUACGGAGAUAGGCGAGAAAGGUGCGUGUCGUAUGCGAUUAACUUCGACUAACACUAGCUGUUCAGGUAUUAAUCUUUCAGGAGGUCAAAAGCAGCGAGUGAAUAUAGCAAGAGCAUUGUAUUACAAUGCCGAUAUUGUGCUCUUCGACGACCCUUUGAGCGCUGUUGACGCCCAUGUCGGUAAAGCGUUGUUCGAGCACGCCAUAUUACCGCUAAGUGGUCGAGGUAGGACAGUCAUCCUUGUCACUCACGCAGUACAUUUCCUGCCCAUGGUGGAUCGCAUCUACGUCAUGUCUGGGGGCCAGAUUGUGGAGCAAGGCACUUACGAGGACUUGAUGCGGGCCAGUGGACCCGCAGCUCGUUUGUUCACGGAAUUUGGAGGGUCACACAAUGAGCUCGAACAAGAUGAUGGCGAUGAGAAUGCUCCUAAUGUGGAGGCUGUUGUGCGACGAGACGAAAAUUCACCUCAUAGUGCCGACGUUCUUCGGCUGACCAGUAAGAAUAUGGGAAAAGCGGUGGGAACAGGGAAACUCGAAGGAAGGUUGAUGGUCAGUGAAGUAAGAAAAACUGGCUCGGUUGGCGGAAAGGCUAUCAUGCAAGGAUCACAGGUGAUGGCUACCGUAUGGCUAACUUGGUGGCAAGAAACGCGGUUCAACAAGUCGUGGGAUUUAUAUCAAGGCGUCUAUGCUGUGCUUGGAAUCUCACAAGCUAUCUUCACUUUCGCGAUGGGAGCAUCGUUGGGCAUCAUGGCGAACUUGGCAUCGCAGAAUUUGCAUUCCUCAGCACUGGAAAAUGUCUUUUACAGUCCAAAAUCGGUUUUUGAUACGCAGCCUCUGGGGCGUAUACUAGGCGUUUUCGGGAAAGAUAUUGAUACGAUUGAUAAUCAGCUAGCUGAUUCGUUAAGGAUGAUGGCUUUGACCCUUGUCACUUUGAUCGGUUCUGUUGCAAUUAUCACUGUUUAUUUGCAUUAUUUCAUUGCUGUCAUUUUCAUCGUGGGAAUUGGUUAUUGGGAGGUCAAGCGACUGGAUUCGAUGCUGCGAUCCCUCCUAUACUCGCAUUUUUCCGAAUCAUUAUCAGGCUUAGCUACUAUACGUGCAUACGGCGAGACAGAGCGCUUCAUCCACGAGAAUGCCUAUUAUAUGGAUCUCGAAAACCGGGCUUACCUUUUGAGUGCGACAAACCAGCGGUGGCUGUCAAUCCGUCUGGAUUUUCUAGGAGCCUGUUUAGUUUUCGCCGUUGCCGUGAUGUCGGCUAAAGGGGGAGGCGGUUUGACUGCUUCAGAGAUCGCUCUUUGUUUGACGUAUCUGACCUCCAUCACGCAAGUCACACGACAAUCUGCCGAAGUGGAAAAUAACAUGAAUGCCGUGGAGCGAGUAUUGUGGUACUCCGAUGCCGCUUCUCUGCCACAAGAAGCUGCACAUGAUAUACCGGCAACCAAACCUUCGGAUACGUGGCCAGAAAGUGGAUCCAUUGUGUUCAAGGAUGUUGUAAUGUCAUAUCGUCCUGGUCUUCCGGCGGUAUUGAAGGGUCUGUCGAUGAGUAUUCACGGCGGCGAGAAAGUGGGGAUCAUCGGCCGAACUGGGGCUGGUAAGACCUCUAUAACCAUGGCUUUAUUCCGAUUAGUUGAACUGAACGAUGCCCUAGCACGUUCAUGCGUGACUUCGAAUCAAGACAUUGGGGACAUCAAAAGGCUAACUUUAGACACGAACAUAGAGGAAGAAGGCCAAAACCUCAGUGUCGGGGAGCGAUCACUUGUGAGCUUGGCUCGGGCUCUCGUAAAAGAUUCAAAUAUCGUAGUGCUCGACGAAGCGACUGCAGCUGUCGAUCUGGAGACCGAUUCAAGAAUUCAGCAAACCAUUCAUCGUGAAUUCAAGGGGAAAACAUUGCUCUGUAUCGCCCAUCGAUUACGGACUAUCAUAUCAUGGGAUAGAAUUUUGGUGAUGAACGCAGGCCAGAUUGAGGUGAGCUGA